CAGUUAAUUUUUUGUCGUGUUCGCGGGAGCUCCGAGUUUUGGUAGCCAGCAGCGCUACAAUUGAACUGUUGGCAUUAUAUUUAGUAAAACCUAACACCUUUCAAGGCAGCCGGUGGAAGUGACAGAAUACGCGGCAUUUCGAGAAAUUUAGUGCGGCGAUAAAGGAAGAGCAAACUCUCUUGCACUGAGGAAAGGAAAGAACAGCCUACAAAAUGGUUAACAUUGUGGACGGCGGCGCCAAGCAUGCGCCCCAGGAAAUGGAGCAGUUCCUGCCUGGAGAUGGAAAGAAAAUGUACAAGAUCCAGCCCCGCAAAUCGGAUGCCGAGCAGGCCUUGGCUAACAAUGAUUUUGAUCCGUUUGCUUUGCGCGAAAACGAACAUCCCACCACGGAUAAUGAAACUCUUACGCAUUUGCUUAAGGCUUCCCUGGGCACUGGCAUUCUGGGCAUGCCGUUUGCCUUUAUGUGCUCUGGUCUUGUCAUGGGUAUCUUUGCCACCAUCUUCACAGCCUUCAUUUGCACGCACUGCAGUUACGUUCUGGUGAAAUGCGGUCACAAGUUGUACUACAGAACCCGACGCACCAAGAUGACCUUUGCCGAGAUCGCCGAAGCUGCCUUCCAGAAGGGACCAAAAUGGUGCCGCGGCUUUGCGCCCGUUGCCAAGUUCUCCAUUUUGUUUGGACUGUUCCUCACCUACUUUGGCACCUGCUCGGUGUACACCGUGAUUGUGGCCACGAAUUUUGAGCAAUUGAUUAACCACUGGACGGGUUGGGGUAUCACUCUGCGCAUGCUCAUCUGUGCGAUGCUGAUACCCUUGAUCCUGAUCGCCUGGGUGCCGAAUCUCAAGUACCUGGCGCCCGUGUCCAUGGUGGCCAAUGUGUUUAUGGGCCUGGGACUGGGCAUUACCUUCUACUACUUGGUACAGGAUCUGCCGCCACUGCCUGAUCGCAGCUAUGUGGUAUGGGGCACCCUGCCGCAGUUCUUCUCGAUCACCAUCUUUGCAAUGGAGGCCAUUGGUGUGGUGAUGCCGCUGGAGAACAACAUGAAGACGCCCCAGAGCUUCCUCGGCAUCUGUGGUGUGCUCAGCCAGGGCAUGUCCGGCGUUACCCUCAUCUAUAUGCUGCUUGGCUUCCUUGGCUACUUGCACUACGGCGCCCUUACCCAGGAGAGUAUCACCCUGAAUUUGCCCAUUGAGGAGUGGCCCGCCCAGGCGGUGAAGCUGCUCAUUUCCCUGGCCGUCUAUUGCACAUUCGGACUGCAGUUCUUUGUGUGCCUGGAGAUCGUUUGGGAUGGCAUCAAGGACAAGUGCAAGAAGCGUCCAACUCUGGUCAACUAUGUGCUGCGCACAGUGAUGGUGACAGCCGCCGUUGUUCUGGCCGUGGCUGUGCCCACGAUUGGGCCCUUCAUGGGACUGAUUGGUGCCUUCUGCUUCUCCAUUCUGGGAUUGAUCUUUCCGGUGGUCAUCGAGCUGAUUGUCCACUGGGAGACUGGAUUCGGUAAAUACAACUGGAUUCUGUGGAAGAAUAUUUUGAUCACAGCCUGCGGCAUUGGAGCCCUGGUCUUUGGCUCCCUGGCGGCCAUCAAGGAUAUUGUUAAGGCCUACCAAGAUCCAGCACCGCAAUAAGCUGCACCCUGAGAAUAAUCUCUUGCACAUGAGGAGCAAAAAACCCGAAAGGAUUCGAGAGGAAAGCCAUGUGCUUUACAGCCGGGAACGUAUAUUUAUUAUAUACACAAAACACCCACAACACACCUACUAUAUACUACUUAUAUAUAUACAAAGCCGGAGGCAGGAGUUUGGGAGAGAAGAGGCCCCGCUUCCUAGAGAGAGAUCAUCUAACUAUUGUUAGAUGUAAAACUGCGCGCCCACAAUUUGUACAUUUUUCUUGUCUGUUGCUUAGUGUCUGUUUUGAGAACCGAAAGGGAUUUACUUACCAAUUCACUGAUCGAUCGAGUGCCUACUACUGUUUAGCUAGCACACACUCUUAAAGACUCACCCGGAGGCACCAACAACUAAGCCGUUUUUAGCACGUUUUAAAUGCACCUGCAAAAUUAUAUAAAGUAGCGAGUAAGCUAGUUAGGUCGAGAACUAAAUAUAAUACACACCGUUUCCUAUUGAUUUUAGUACGAUUUGGUACAGAGCUAAAAAAGACUUGUACGUAGCUGCACUCCCUUUACCUUUCCCUUUCUCUCUGUUCUAAAAGAGUAUUACUAAAGCAAGGAACCAAAACUGAGAAAUCAUCUUUCAUGCCCCGCCUCGUCUUCUUUUUUUUUUACUUUGUUCUGUAGCUAAUUGUUUUGCCUGCAACAUUAUUUAACAUUUUUAGCAUGUUUAGUUGGUAAACCUAAGUAAAUAAUAUUGUAAAGAAGCUUUUGCAAAUCAGUUCCACAUAUGAUGAGCUAAAAUUACUCAGAGAAUACAAUUUUUAUACGAAAUCUAGCAGAGUAAUAACACUAAGUUAAAUAUUGAAUUGCCCCGAUAUUCAUACGAUAUGUGUACACACAUAUUUUUGUAUUUUAAUUUUAGCCUUAAAUCAAUACUUAGCGAAACUAUAAAUUAAAGAAUAAACAACACGCAAGUUACCAACCUUUUGUUUUGCAUUUAAAAUCCUGUGUAGACAACGAAACAGAUUUUUAUUUGUAAAAUGAAGAAAAUAAAACAAAGAGUUAAACGCAGAAAUAAAUAUCUGUCAAUUGUAUAUAUGUAUAUUAAUAUGAACACAGCGAGUUCUAAGUCUAUAUCUGCCCAGAAAAGUAUUUAGAGUUGUCCAUAUUAUAUAUAAUGAGAAGAACAAUGAUUGAUAUGAAUGUUUACUUUUUUGAAAACUGUUUAAAAUGUAAACCGAAAGCAAAGAUAUAAAUAUAUAUGAAAUAAUAUUAAAUGAAAAAUGUCCAGAAAAUGAAAA